UAUAGCACGGACGUGCCAUUUUUUUAACCGCGUUUUUCGUUUCCCUUUCGUUCUUUCCGUUUAUGAUUUAAGCCGCCACCAUGUCCAAAGGCGACAGUGAAAACCAGAACGGCUCGGGCGAGGAGUCCAAGACGAACCUGAUCAUCAACUACCUGCCGCAGAGCAUGACGCAGGAGGAGAUCCGCAGCCUGUUCUCCAGCAUCGGCGAGGUGGAGUCGUGCAAGCUGAUCCGCAACAAGGGCGCGGCCUUCCCGGACGCGCUCAACCACGCGCUGCACGGCGGCGGCCAGAGCCUGGGCUACGCGUUCGUCAACUACCACCGCGCCGAGGACGCCGAGAAGGCCAUCACCACGCUCAACGGGCUGCGGCUGCAGAACAAGACCAUCAAGGUGUCGUACGCGCGGCCCAGCAGCGAGGCCAUCAAGGGCGCCAACCUCUACGUGUCCGGCCUGCCCAAGACCAUGACGCAGGCCGAGCUGGAGCGCCUCUUCAGCCCGUAUGGCCGCAUCAUCACGUCGCGCAUCCUGUGCGAGAACUCCGGCGGGCGGCCCUUCACCGGCGGCGAGCAGGGCCUGUCCAAGGGCGUCGGCUUCAUUCGCUUCGACCAGCGCGUGGAGGCGGAGCGCGCCAUACAGGAGCUGAACGGGACAGUGCCGAAGGGAGCGUCGGAGCCGAUCACGGUGAAGUUCGCGAACAACCCGAGCAACAACGGCAAGGCGCUGGCGCCGCUGGCCGCCUACCUGCCGGCCGCGCUGCGCUUCCCGGCGCCGCUGGGCCGCUUCAGUUCAGGCAAGUCGCUGCUAGCUAUUAACAAGGGCCUCCAGCGCUACAGCCCGCUGGCCGGCGAGCUGUUGGGCGGCGUGCUGCCCGGCGCCGUCGGCUCCGAGUGGUGCAUCUUCGUGUACAACCUCGCGCCGGAGACCGAGGAGAACGUGCUCUGGCAGCUCUUCGGGCCCUUCGGCGCCGUGCAGAGCGUCAAAGUGAUCCGCGACCUGCAGACCAACAAGUGCAAGGGCUACGGGUUCAUCACGAUGACCAACUACGACGAGGCGGUGGUCGCCAUCCAGUCGCUCAACGGGUACACGCUCGGGAACCGCGUGCUGCAGGUCAGCUUCAAGACCAACAAGAUCAAGACGAUCUAAGCGGCCCGCGCGCGCCCCGGCCUCGGCCGCUAGGACGGCACAAGGGGCCGCACCCAUACAUACCGCUCGCGGACGCUCCGCCAGGCGGCGCCACCUAAUACCUAAACUAAUUGUAAAAUAGCGAAUGUUUUGACUCGCUCUUUUGUGCGGCGGCUCUUUGUUCCCCAGCCGCCAUUUUCGACCCGGAAUUAGGUUAAGUGUUUCGGGAAAUCAAAAUGGAGGCGUGCACUGCGCAUGCCCGCGGAAAAUGGCGACCGCUGAAUGAAAAGCCCCCGCGAGCACGCAAUAAAUAUUAGAACGACUCGCGGCAUCAAAUGCCGAGUUCUCUGGCCAGACUUGAUACAUAUUGGUAAUAGUCAAUAACAAAAUAAUGAUAUUAAACUUCGCUUAUGAACGGUUGUGGUAUCGAGAAAUAGUUUUCAAAUAUAUAAUAAAUAAUGUUAGCAAUAAUAACCUUAUGCUAUGCUCCAAUUUUGUAAGCGACCAUAUCGUGUAGGUAACAUGUACGGCCGCCGCAUUGCCAAACGAACAGUUCACGUGUCGCCCAGGGCACCUAAUCGAAGUAAAAUAGUGUUAUAUUGUUAAAGAUUGGAAAAUAUAUAUUAUCUAUACGUAUAUUUUAAUCAUAUAUUAAACUAAUUAAGGAUGAAAACUAAUCAAAAACUGUGAUAGGUUUUGAUAAAAUUUUAGAAAAAAAUGAAAAACGGAGAAAGAUCUGUGGAAAAUUCGUAUAACAGCGGCGAUGGGGCUGAAGCGAUGUAGGUAGGUUAGAAAUUUUUUGAGAUAACUUUUGCGAAAACUGGCGCAUCUGGUGUUGAUCACGAAUCGGAUGGCGCGCUACGUCGACACGGACUGGACGGCGGACGCGCCCGGGCGGAUCGAUC